UAAGAAUGAGAAUCAUGAUUUCUCCUGUCAGACUGUUUCUGCUCAAAGGAGACAAGACAAAGAGAAGCACCACUGCUGCAGUAUUCAGUGCAUUAUUGUGUAAAAGACACUGAAACCACAAUAACCACCAACACCAUCUUCAUACACCACAGCUCCAGUGGAAGUCCUCUUGUUUCUCAUCAUCAUCAUCAUGGAGUCCUCAUCGAUGCUGCUCUUCAUCCUUCUCUGGACUGUCGGAAGGAGUGAGGUUCGAGAUCUGUCGGGGAAACAGUUCACAUUUCCCAGCGACCCCAAAAGCGUAAACCAGCCCCGCGUUGCUCUUCGUGCUAACACCCGCUUGAUCACUGUCAUGACUGUCUGCCUUCGCUUCUUCUCCCAGCUGAACCGGAUGCAGGGGCUCUUCUCUUUGGCCACCCGAGACCACUCAAAUGCUCUGAUGCUAAAUAAAGAUGCUGAGGGGUCCUACAAGGUCCACGCGGGCGACGACACCUACGUCUUCACAAAGCUACCCACCAACAGGAUGGACUGGAACUCGGUCUGUUGGACCUGGGACUCUCGGACCGGGCUGACCCAGCUCUGGUUGAACGGACUUCGAACCUCACAGAAGUUGGUAGGACAGAACUAUCUGGUCCGUGGUGAUCUGAGCAUCAUUGUCGGUCAGGAGCAGGAUGCAUACGGAGGUGGGUUUGACAGGAAUGACUCGUUUGAAGGUGACAUUACCGACCUGCACAUGUGGGACCGGGUGGUGUCUGCGUGCGACCUCAGGUCCUACAUGAAUCAGGGCUCCUUCUCUCCAGGAAACCUCCUCAACUGGAACAACCUGAACUUUGAGGUGUCAGGGAACGUCUCCAUCCAGGACGCAGAUUUUGAGGAACCAGUCUGUCAGUAAAGUGUUCUUACUGUGAGCAUCGGGCUUCAAGUUUCAACUUUUUAUGAAACAGCAGCCACUCUGUGGAUGCUUCAUGCUGGCUGAUUCUGUGUCAUCGUUUCCAGAUCAAUUAAAGUUCUGAUGUCUCA